AUGGCAGGAACGCGUCACCGCUCUCUAACUUUCGCUGAGAUUGAUGAGCUGUUAUGUCUUGAGGAAGAUAUCGGCGAUCAGGACAGUGACAUCAGCAUUGAUGAUAAUGAUGAUGACCCUGAUUAUGUAUUUGAUCAUCAAAUAGAGGAAGAAGACGAGGAACUUGAGGCGGAAUACUUUGGUGAUGAUGAGUCUGAUGACCUUGACAUUACAUCCACACGCUUGCGAGGCAAUGAUGAGGCGCGGCGCACACGGGCAAGCCCAUCUCGCCCUUCUUUCUUGUGCAAACGCCACAAAACACCACUUGGCAGGGGUAGGGAAAGGGUAGCUGCUACACCUGACACAACUAGGCCUGCUGUCAGAUGGGACUGGAUAGAUGGGGCAGAUUUUGAGCCACAAAUUUUCAAUUUUGAUGAGUCAAACUCAGGAAUACAAGUACAAACGUUCACAGCAGAUAGCCUAGAGUGUGAAUUCUAUAAUUUCUUCUGGGAUGACAACAUCUUGGAAAUAAUUGUGACUGAAACAAACCGCUAUGUAUAUUUCAUGAGAGGAGGGAAAGUUUUGGGUCCUCACUCACGUGAACAUCAGUGGUAUGAUAUAACAGUACCUGAGAUGAAGGUUUUCUUGGCCCUGGUGAUGCUUAUGGGUAUUGUCAAGAAAAAUAAUUACAGAGAUUAUUGGAAUACAGAUCCUGUUAUCCAGACACCAGUUUUCAGCAAAGUCAUGUCUGUGAACAGAUUCACCAAUAUUCUGCGAGCACUUCACUUCUCUGAUAACUUGGAGGCAUAUGCAAACAACAUAACUGAAAAGAUGAGAAAGAUUCGCAGUGUCUUUGAUCAUCUCAGAAGUAAAUUCAAGGAGGCUUUUUAUCCCUACAAAAACCUCAACAUUGAUGAGAGCUUGAUGUUGUGGCGUGGAAAUAUUGGUUUUCGCCAAUAUAUACCAUCAAAGCGCCACAGGUUUGGCCUCAAAUUAUUUGUACUUUGUGACUGCAAGACUGGUUUUGUGCAGGACAUUGUACUUUACACAGGGGCUGGGACAGAAGUCACUGAUGAUAAGAGUCUGGGACUGUCAGGGGCUGUUGUGAUGACACUUAUGGAGCCUUAUCUUGAUAAAAAUCAUGUACUCUUUGUUGACAACUGGUACACAAGUCCAUCAUUAUUUGAAAUUCUUUCCUCUAGACAGACUGGUGGGUGUGGAACAGUGACGAAGCGCAGAAAACACAUGCCAUAUUUCCCUCCUCUACCAAACAAGGGAGACUGUGCCUACAAAAAAGCCAAUGAUACACUUGCAGUUAUGUGGAAAGAUAAACGAGAGGUAAGACUUCUCACCAACAUCCACAAUCCUCAGAUGGUUCUCAGCCACAACACUGAUCGCUCCACCAAACAACGUGUCAUGAAGCCUGAGUGUGUGCUAGACUACAACAUCAACAUGCGUCUAGUAGACAAAGCUGACGCAAUGAUUUCUUCCAUAGAAUGUGCUCGUAAAACACUCAAGUGGUAUAAGAAGCUAUUUUUCCACCUCAUUGAUGUAACCAUGCUGAAUGCUCAUAUUUUGUGGAAGCACACCACAAACAAGAAUCCCACUCUACAGGAGUAUGUCAUCCAAGUGGUACGUCAGUUGCUGGAAGACAAUGCCGUGGAACGCCCUAUGCCAGGUCGUCAUGCUGCUGACAAUCCUGUGCGCCUCACUGGACGCCACUUUCCACGCACCUUGCAGCCACGAGAAAACAUGAAAAAGAAAAAAGUCCAGAAAGCCUGUCAUGUCUGCAGUCACACAACUCGACGGCAAAAAAAAACGGAGUGA